UAUUAAUGAUUUUAUUAAAAAAUUUUAAAUACAUUUUUUAUUUAUGUAAUUAGAAUAACUAUAAAGAAUGUUAGUAAUAUUAGUUGUAUUCUACGGUGUUUUACCUUUUCUUCAAUAAUACAAACAGACAAAAAAAGUUUUUCAAUUUUCCUCCUAACCUCUACGGGUAUCGACAUAAGCAUAAAUACUUAUCGAAGUUUAUUUUAAUCUGUAAUAUUGAAACAUAUGAAAGAUGUUCGAAGCACACAGUAUUAAUGCCGAACAUAAAGAUUUAAUUCAUGACAUUGCUUAUGAUUUUUAUGGACAACGAAUGGCAACAUGUUCCAGUGAUCACUACGUGAAAGUCUGGGAUGAAGAUGAACAUGGAAAUUGGCAUUUAUCUGCAUCUUGGAAAGCACACAGUGGGCCAGUAUGGAAAGUAACAUGGGCACAUCCAGAGUUUGGUCAAGUUUUAGCAACAUGCUCUUCUGAUAGAACAGCAGCUGUGUGGGAAGAGAUAGUUGGAGAAGGAUCAGGACCUGGAGAACGCGGCAUGAGACACUGGGUUAGAAGAACAAACUUGGUAGAUUCCAGAAAGUCUGUUACAGAUGUGAAAUUCGCACCUAAAACUUUAGGUCUUUUGUUAGCUACUUGUAGCGAAGACGGAGUAAUUAGGAUAUAUGAAGCACCUGAUGUUAUGAAUCUAAGUCAGUGGACUCUACAGCAUGACAUUAGUUGUAAACUUCAAUGUAGCUGUCUUUCAUGGAAUCCAUCUCUUUCAAGGUUACAUCCUCCAAUGAUAGCAGUUGGAAGUGAUGAUUCAAACCCAUCGUCAGAUGGAAAAGUUUUCAUAUAUGAAUAUUCUGAGAGUAGUAGAAGAUGGACGAAAACACAAACACUAAAUAUUGCUGAUCCCAUUCACGAUAUAGCAUUUGCUCCAAACUUAGGUAGAAGUUUUCACACACUAGCUAUUGCAUCGAAAGAUGUACAAGUAAUCACAUUAAAACCUGUGUUGGAUAAUGUACAAAGUGGUUCAUCACGUUUUGAAAUCAAUAUAGCAGCACAAUUUUCCGACCAUGACUCCACUGUAUGGCGUGUGUGUUGGAAUAUUAUGGGAACUAUUCUAGCAAGUUCGGGAGAUGAUGGUUGUGUUCGAUUAUGGAAAGAUAAUUAUAUUAAUAAUUGGAAAUGUGUUGCUGUUUUGAAAGGUGAUGGUACCUCUGCUCAAAGUGCUGAAACUUCUAUGGCGGCAACACCACCUAAUCAUUCAACAGGGAUACAACAAACAUCUUCUACAACAAGAGCAGUAACAAUAGCAACUGUCACUGCAGAGAAGCCUACAAUUACAGUUAUGUGCAGCAAUAAAUGGCAGGCACCUGUUAUUAAAGGUCGUUUUAGUAAAUCUGUAUGGUUGGGAAAUCCCAGUGAAUCAACCCCACCUCCACCUCCAAUCUUAGAAUAUCCAAAGGCUAAAAAGUAACACAGUUAUUUAAUUUUCAGUAAUAUUAAAAAAAAUACAGUGACAAACGAUUUGCGUUUGAUGAAUUGAUUAAUUAAAAGAAUACACUGUUUUAUGCACUUGAGAGUAAUAUUUUUAUUUGAAAAAGUGUUUGUAAAAAUAAAACAUUUCCAAACAUAUAUUUAUCGCCAUUAUAAUGAUGUGAUAAUAAACAGCAAUAGUUAAUUAUGCGUAAGUAUCACUGUUAAUGCCAUUUAGCGUUUUGUACAUGUAACUAGAUACAUGAAACUUAUAUGCAUACUUACUAUUUUGACUGAUUUUAACAAAUUGUAAUUUUACGUACAUUACUCUUCAUCAUUACGUAACAUAUUUGUAUUUAAAUA